AUGACCGUCGCAACCAAAUCAGAGAAACACUCCUACGAGUUUUUCGGACCCCCCGGUGCCACGGCCUUGACGUUCGGUCUCCCCAUCCUCAUCUACGCCAGUAUUCUGUUCUGCAACGAUGUCACAGGAUGUCCUGUGCCCGCCCUCCUCGAUCCAAGGACCUUGACUUGGGAGAAGCUUCUGGCACAGACAGAGCUGGCCGGCACCGGAUUGGCAGGGCUGUUCGAUCUCAACGUCUUCGGGUGGGUUUGUGCAUACUAUGGCCUUCUCGUCGUCCUGCAACUCGUUCUUCCAGGCGAGGAAACUGAAGGCACAAUCUUGAAAAACGGAGGCAGACACCACUACAAGUUCAACUCAUUCAACACCGCCGUUCUGAUCCUAGCCGGUCUCGCCGCUGGAACGGCAACCCAUGGCGCAGACUUCGUGGUGUGGACCUACUGCUGGGACAACCUCCUACAAAUCCAGACGGCCGCUCUGAUCAUCUCCAUCAUCCAAUCCAUCUAUUGCUACCUCGCGUCCUUCACCAUUCCUCACCCGGGGAAACCCAAUCCAACGCACAGGGAGUUAGCCCCGGGCGGCUCUUCGGGCAACAUCAUCUACGACUUCUUCAUCGGCCGCGAGAUGAACCCCCGUAUCACCAUUCCCUCCGCCAUCCCAAUUGUCGGAGGCCAAACCAUUGACAUCAAACUCUUCAAUGAGAUGCGCCCCGGCUUGAUAGGCUACAUUGUCCUCGACCUCGCCUUCAUCGCCCACCAAUACAGAAUCAACGGCUACAUAACCGACUCAAUCGUCAUGAUCACCGCUUUCCAGAUGCUUUACGUCCUCGACGGGCUGUACAUGGAACCCGCCAUCCUGACAACGAUCGACGUGAUCAACGACGGCUUCGGCUUCAUGCUCGCCUUUGGCGACAUCGCCUGGCUGCCCGCCCUCUACAGCCUGCAGGCACGCUACCUAGCCGUCUACCCCCUGAGCCUCGGCCUGCAGGGCAUCGCCGGCGUCCUCGCCUUCCAAGGCGUGGGCUACUACAUCUUCCGCUCGGCCAACAACGAGAAGAACCGCUUCCGGACGGACCCCAGCGACCCGCGCGUCGCCCACCUCGAGUCCAUCUCCACCGAAAACGGAUCCAAGCUCAUUGUCUCCGGCUGGUGGGGACGCGCCCGCCACAUCAACUACUUCGGCGACUGGAUCAUGUCCUUCAGCUACUGCCUGCCCACCGGCAUCGCGGGCUAUCUCAUCCACAACUACCAGAAUCCUGUCACCGGUAACGUCACCUCCGAGGUCGAGCAGGGCCCCGCACGCGCCUGGGGCAUGGUGUUCACGUAUUUCUACAUCAUCUACUUCGGCGUGCUUCUCGUGCAUCGUGAACGGCGUGACGAGGAGAAAUGCCGCAAGAAGUACGGCAAGGACUGGGAGCGCUACUGCAAGAUCGUGCCCUGGAGGAUCAUCCCGUAUAUCUAUUGA